AUGUCGGGCGGAUCAGCAUCAGGAACGGAGCUGGAAUGGCCGGCGACGCGCGUGCGCGACACGUUCCUGCAGUUCUUCAAGGAUCGCGAGCACACGCACGUGCCGUCCAGCCUGGUCGUGCCGCUGGACGACCCCACGCUGCUCUUCGCCAACGCCGGCAUGAACCAGUUCAAGCCCAUCUUCCUGGGAACGGUUGACCCGCGCAGCCCCCUGGCAUCGCUCAAGCGCGCGGUGAAUUCUCAGAAGUGCAUCCGCGCGGGCGGCAAGCACAACGACCUGGACGACGUGGGCAAGGACACGUACCACCACACCUUCUUUGAGAUGCUCGGCAACUGGUCCUUCGGGGACUACUUCAAGCAGGAGGCCAUCACGUGGGCCUGGGAGCUCCUCACGCAGGUGUACAAGCUGCCAGAGGAUCGGCUUUAUGCCACCUACUUUGGCGGGGACGAGAAGCUAGGCUUGGAACCGGACCUGGAGGCUCGGGACAUCUGGCUCACCGUGCUCCCAGCCAGCCGUGUGCUGCCGUACGGCUGCAAGGAUAACUUCUGGGAGAUGGGUGACACAGGGCCGUGUGGGCCGUGCACGGAGAUCCACUUUGACCGCCUGGGCGGGCGCGAUGCUGCUGCUCUGGUGAACGCUGAUGACCCCACGUGCAUUGAGAUCUGGAACAACGUGUUCAUCCAGUUCAACCGCGAGGCGGACGGCACACUGAAGACGCUGCCGGCAAAGCACGUGGACACGGGGAUGGGCUUUGAGCGUCUGACGUCCAUUCUGCAGGGCAAGCUGAGCAACUACGACACUGAUGUCUUCAUGCCCAUCUUUGAGGCGAUCCAGAAGGUCACGGGAGCAGCGCCUUAUGAAGGGAAACUCGGGAAAGAGGACACGGGCAACAAGGACAUGGCGUACCGAGUGGUGGCAGAUCACAUCCGCACUCUCUCCUUUGCCAUCGCUGAUGGCGCCAGGCCCGGCAGCGACGGUCGCGACUAUGUGCUGCGUCGCAUCCUGAGGCGCGCCGUGCGCUAUGGCCGGGAUGUGCUGGGCGCCCAGGAAGGCUUCUUCAGCACCUUGGUGCCAGUGUUUGCUGACCUUAUGGGGGACACCUUUCCUGAGCUGCGCAAGCACGGCCAGCGCAUUCAAGAUAUCAUCAGCGAGGAGGAGGCUGCUUUCGGCCGCACCCUCCAAAAGGGCCUGCAACGGUUUGAGAAGGCUGCCUCUGAAGUGAAGGACGGCAAGCUGAGCGGCCAGGACGCCUUUGUGCUCUGGGACACCUUCGGUUUCCCGGUUGACCUCACCCAGCUGAUGGCGGAGGAGAAGGGCCUGGCAGUGGACAUGGCUUCAUUCGAGAAGGCGAUGACCGAUGCUAGGGAGAUGUCGCGCGGGGCCAGGAGCAAGGGUGGGGCAGGGGCACUAGUGAUGGAGGCAGAGGCGACAGCAGAGCUGCAGAAGAGAGGCAUUGAUCCCACUGAUGACUCGCCCAAAUACGUGUGGCGCCAGGAUCACCCAACCACAGUGCGCGCCAUUUUCACCCCGUCCGGCUUCGUCGAAUCAGUAACCGCUACGUCAGCAGACGCAUCCGCCGAAGUGGGCCUCGUUUUAACCAGCUCCAGCUUCUAUGCAGAGCAGGGCGGGCAGAUCUUCGACACCGGUGCCAUUAUCAAACCUGCUAAUAACGAGGAUGCCAAUACCGGGAGCAAAUUCGAGGUCCGGUCGGUGCAGGUGUACGGCGGAUAUGUGGUGCAUGUCGGCGUGGUGACAGGUGGCAGCGUGGCAGUGGACGACGCGGUGGUGUGCCAGGUGGAUUACGAUCGGAGGGCGCUGGUGGCACCGAAUCACACGUGCACGCAUCUGCUGAACCAUGCGCUGAAGAAGGUGUUGGGGGAUCACAUCGACCAGAAGGGCAGUCUUGUGGCAGAGGAUCGACUCCGCUUCGACUUCUCCCACGGGAAGCCCAUAGACCCCAAGGACCUGGGGAAGAUCGAGGGGGAGGUGGUGGAGCGAGUGAAGGCGGGUCUGCCCGUGUAUGCACUCGAGUCCAGCCUUGCAGACGCCAGGCGUAUCAUGGGGCUCAGAGCGGUCUUCGGAGAGGUCUACCCCGAUCCAGUGCGGGUGGUAUCAGUGGGCACGCCAGUGGAGCAGCUGUUGCAGGACCCGGAGAACCCCCAGUGGGCCAACAGCUCCAUCGAGUUCUGCGGUGGCACGCACAUCAGCAAUACGACUGAGGCGGAGUCAUUUGCGAUCAUCAGCGAGGAGGGCAUCGCCAAGGGCGUGAGGCGCAUCAUCGCCUUCACCACUGCCAAGGCCAAGGAGGCCAUUGCCCUUGCCGACCAGUACGCCGCCCGGAUCGAAGCGGCCGGCAAGCUGUCCGGCACGGCAUUGGAGAAGGAGGUAGCAGCACUGAAGGGAUCUGUCGACUCAGCAGUCAUCCCAGCAGCGUACAAAGCGCAGCUGAAGGCAUCGCUGCUGAAGCUGCACGACCGCCUGCGCCAGGCACAGAAAGCAGCCGCCGGGGCCAACCUGAAGCUCGCCAUCCAGACGGCUGUUGAGACGGCGGCAGCGGCGGCUGCGGCCGGGGAGAGUGUGUGCGUGCUGCGAAUCGAUGUGGGGCUGGACCCGAAUGCAAUCAGGGAGGCCGUGGUGACUGUGCUGGGACAGCAGAAGGAGCUGGCAGUGCUGAUGGUAUCAGUGGACGAGGAGAAGGGCAAGGUGCUGCUGUAUGCGGGUGUGCCUGACGCCGUGGCAGCCCGCGGGCUGUCCGUGCUGGAGUGGCUGCGGGCGGCACUGGUGCCCGUGGAGGGCAAGGGGGGCGGCGGCAAGGGCGGGCUGGCUCAGGGGCAGGGCAACAAGGCUUCGGGUGCGAACGAGGCGAUGGAGGUGCCGCUCAUCGCGGAGGUCGCUUUGGAGGCGGCGGGUUCGGCGGUGGAGUCUGGCGUGACGUCAUCAGUGGCAAACUCGGCACUCCAGUCGGUGCUCGACGCGAGCGACGCGGCCGUGGGCGACGCGAACGCGACGGGAGUGAUCGGGCUGGUGGUGCUGAAAACCGAUACGGAUUACAACAUUCUCUACCAGGCCGGCGUGCGCGUGUCUGACGCCGGCCUCCCCACGUCCAUCGCCAUCAACUCCGCCGCCGCCGGCGCCGGCGGAUCCCCCGUUAUUGAGUUCUCCGCUACCGAGGCCGCGUGGCAGAAUUACACGUGGAACGGCACGCGGUUCGGGCAGGGCGGAAACAGCAGCGCCGGCGGCGCAGGCGGCGCUAGGCGCGGGGCGGUGGUGAAGGCGGUGCUGCAGGUGUUGGCGCAGUUCUUCCCGAAUCUCAACGCCACUGGCGCGGGAUCCUUCUUCGGCGGGCGCGGGGGCGGGCGCGGGGGUCCGCGCGCCGGAUUCGCUUAUGGCUUCUCCGGUGUUUGGUACAACGCGAGCACGAUCACCAACGGCGCGGGGCGCAGCUACGCGGACGUGGUGGCAGUCGACAUGCUCGCCGCUCCCAGCAGCUUCUUCGGCGUGGUUACCACCGACGCCUUCGCCGAUGGCGUCGUUGGGGGUCCCUUCGCUAACCAUACCCGCCACGCAGGCGGUCGCGGCGGAGGCAUGCGCGGUGGCAGGUUCGGAGGUUUCCGAGGGUAG